GGGAAAGGCAGACUGCACAGCAGAGGAGCGGCCCCUCGGGCUCAGUAUCAUUUGACAGCCCGUGCAGCGGCUUCCCGAGAGCUGUGCGGAUACAGGUUUUUACCAAGAAACGCAUUGUUGUCUACAAAGAGAAUCUGCUCCCGCAAACUUAAGUCUCACACGAAGACCUUUACUACAGAGGAUCGGUGUUAAAAGUCAAGCUGGGCAACGAUUUGAGUAAAGUUUUGAUUGUAGUGCCAUGGAAAAGUAUGAGAAGAUCAGUAAAAUAGGAGAAGGCUCCUAUGGGGUGGUCUUUAAAUGUAGGAAUAGAGACACUGGGCAAAUAGUGGCCAUCAAGAAGUUCCUGGAAUCAGAAGAUGAUCCCAUUAUUAAGAAGAUAGCUCUACGUGAGAUACGUAUGCUAAAGCAACUGAAGCACCUCAAUCUUGUUAACCUACUGGAAGUAUUCAGGCGGAAAAGGAAGUUGCACUUGGUAUUUGAAUACUGUGAUCACACCGUUCUCCAUGAAUUGGACCGUUACCCAAGAGGAGUUCCAGAGCAUCUUGUGAAAAGUAUAACCUGGCAGACGUUACAAGCAGUGAAUUUCUGUCACAAGCAUAAUUGUAUUCAUCGUGAUGUGAAGCCAGAAAAUAUCCUGAUAACCAAGCACUUUGUUAUUAAACUAUGUGACUUUGGAUUUGCACGAAUACUCACUGGACCAUGUGACUAUUACACAGACUAUGUUGCUACUAGAUGGUACCGUGCCCCAGAGCUGCUGGUGGGGGACACCCAGUAUGGUCCUCCUGUGGAUGUUUGGGCUGUUGGCUGCGUCUUUGCUGAGUUGUUAUCUGGAGUUCCCCUCUGGCCUGGAAAGUCAGAUGUGGAUCAGCUGUAUUUAAUCAGGAGAACACAGGGUGACCUGAUUGCCAGACACCAGCAGGCAUUUAGCACAAACCAGUUCUUCAGUGGAGUCCGUAUUCCUGAUCCUGAAAAUAUGGAGCCACUGGAAGCAAGAUUUUCAAAUAUCUCUUCACAAGCUUUGGGAUUAAUGAAGGGCUGUUUACAUAUGGAUCCUGCCGAGAGGCUCACUUGUCAACAGCUACUUGAACAUCCUUACUUUGAUAGCAUUCGAGAUGAAGGGGACUUCGGAAAAGAUCCAGAGAGAGUCAGCAGGAAGCCGACAAGGUUACACAGAAAACAUUUCCCUGGGCUUCAGCACCUACCCCAGCUAACCAGCAGUAACAUUCUGCCAGUCUUGGAAAGCAAGAAAUAUUACUCCAACACCAGAAAAUUCAACUACCGUUUUCCUAACAUCUAACUGAUAGGAAGAGGUUGCACAGAGACUAGUUAAAUAUUUAUUGUUCUGGGAACAAAACGGCAGGAAUUUGUUAGAAGAAAAUGAGAUGCAGCACCUAUUCCAGUAAACAGCAGGCACAAUCUUUGAAAGUUAUUUAUAGGUUCCGGCAGUUUAGAUGCUAAUAAACCUGUUAUGUACUGAAGCAAAGAACAUCUGUGCACUUAGACAAUUCAUUUACAAAAGCCUUUUAGCUGCUGAAACCCAUGGAAGCAAAUGUGCUGUAAUAAAAGAUAAGCACAUAUAAAUAGAGGAACAGAUUUACAGUGUCUGUGUACCCCAUAUCAAAACACAUAGCCCCCUCUUAAUAUGUGCGUGUUAUACAAUCGGUCUGCAAGAAAAAUAUUCUACUAGUGCUCUCCUGUGUUGUAUACAUUUAUUAUUGUAAACUUUUUAUAUUUUAUUAGACAAAGUGCUGGAAAAACGCAUUGCACUGCUCUCUGACUAACCAUGAACUUGUGGUGCACUUAGUACUGACUGACCUGCAGCUGCUACUGGUCUUAACCAUGUAAAUACCAGAUCCUGUCUAUCACAAUAAUCCAACAAUGCAGUCAAAACGUAGCAGUUGUCUAGGGAAGAAACAAACAAAAUUGGAUGCAGUGACAAAUUUCGGGUCUGUUAAUAUGACACUAGGGAUCUAGCAUUCAGCCUGAUAUGAAAGCACAUAAAAGACCAUAUGAAUCUUAAAGGAGUGUGUGUAAUUACAAUUCUUGUCUUGCUUGGAAUCUUGUUCUUACUGCAGGAAGGGAAGCUUGCUUUUUAACCCUUUUGAUACCAGCAGGGGCGGAACUACCAUUGGUGCAGCAGUGCAUUGGCACUAGGGCCCAGUGUUUGGAUGGGACCCAUAUGCAUAGUGUGUAAAAUCCUAAUGCAGGGCAGCCUUUUAUUAGUAUAGGUUGCAAGUCUAUAUAGCUUUCCUCAAAAUCAUUAUAUAGAGCACCAUGUAUAUUCUUACUAUUGCUUUCAACUGGUUUACUUUUGGGGACCCCAAUUUUUUUUUUUGCACCAGGGCCCUCUUUGUUGAGAAAGCCGCUGCUGGAUACCAGAGAAGCCUGCAAAGCUGUACUAAAUGUUACCUUAGAUCAAUAUUGCUGGCAACAACAUUCUUUAUUUCAUUAGCAUCAAGUUCCUGGCUUUCUUGAGAUUUCUGCCUGUGACAUUCUAGCCACAAGAUCCUGGUUGGCAAAUUUGCAGCUGCGAUAUUGUAUUGUACACUGUAUAUGGAAAAAAUAUAUUUCCUGGCUGUUUAAUACUCCUAAAGAUUCAUGCGACCCAUUAUGUCCCUUUAAUAGGAUGAUCACCUAGAACAUAAUGUGCUGUUCAUUUCUUUAAUUAAACUUUGCAGUCCCUGGUAUAUGUAAACUUUAGCCCAGCAGAACAAUUUUUAGAGUGAUUUACUAGCUUUUUAUUAAUGAGUUUCUGAAUACAAAAGGUGUUUUUUUUUUGUUCUGUUUUUUAAAUCAUUUUAAAAAUGUUUAAAACUUCCAAAUUUGACUUUUAUAUUUAUAGUCUGUUGUUAAAAUUCACUUUUUCAUUCGCUGACUAUCCGAUGGAUAUAAAAAGACUAGUCCUAGUUAUCAUAUGAUGGUAACAAAAAUAAACUAUAGAAUAUAUAAACUCUUUGUUUCUCGUGCUAAUUUGGUCACAAAUGUAUAAAAACUGUUGCAUAUAUUUUUUGCUGUUGCAUCACUUUCAGUUUAUUACGUUAUUACAACAAAAAUGUUGCAUGUGCAGCUUUUGCAUAAAGUAAAAUAAUUUACCUCUUUUGUGGAA